AUGUCACGAGUGGAGCUCCUCAAUGCGGGAGGCUUCCGUGUCGACGGACGCAAGCAGUUCGAGCUUCGUUCCAUCGCCAUACAACUCGGCGGCUCACCAGACACCUCGGCCGAUGGCUCGGCACAAAUCACACAAGGUCUCACCACCGUAUCAGCUACCGUUUUUGGCCCUCGUGAAGCGCGCACUGGUGCAAACAUGAUCCACGACCGAGCCUCAGUCAAUGUGGAAGUCUGUCUCGCACCCUGGGGAUCUACGGAACGACGACGUCGCAACCGCGGAGACCGUCGUCUACUCGAGUUUGCAUCUUCGAUUAAAUCCACAUUCGAGCCUGUCAUCCACACACAUCUAUACCCGAGAUCACAGAUUGAUAUCUUCGUCCAAGUGCAUCAGCAAGAUGGCGGUGUCUUGCCGGCAGCAAUCAACGCUGCAACACUAGCGCUACUAGAUGCAGGGAUAGCUAUGCAGGACUUUGUCGCUUCAGUAUCGUGCGGUAUUCAUUCGACUUCGGCGAUGUUGGAUCUGUCAAAUGCAGAAGAGAUGGACUUGCCGCAUGUGACAGUUGCAGUGUUGCCAAGGACGAAGCAGGUGACGUUGGCAAGUCUGGAGACAAGAUUGCAUGUAGAGAGAUUUGAACAGAUCUUUACAUUGGCGAUUGAAGCUGCAGCGGUGUUGCACAACGAGAUGGAGCUGGCGGUGAGGGAUAGAACAAAGACAUUGGUGCAGGCGAUGACAGGGAAGACGUUCGAUUCAGGGACAGUGCUGGACGAUGAUGCGCACAGUCAGACAGGGGAUGAUAUGUGGCUCAUGUGA